AUGCAUCAAGUUGUUGGAGGGAACUCGUUCAACAUCACUAUGGACCCUGCCGACCAUGACCCACCCAAGCAAUCAACCUGCACAUCGUGCAUUUACACCGAGGAUCUUAGCAACUACUGGACAGCCUCGAUCUACUUCCGCUCCCCCGAAAAUGGUACUUUUAAACGCGUUCCGCAGAUGGCGAAUGGCCGACUGAACAAGACUUUGCUGGAACAAGAUGGAGGACUCACUGUCUACUACAUGCGGCCAUUUAGUGGCAGCAGCAAGAAGACUACUGUUUUCAAACCUGGCUUCCGCAUGCUCGCCGGCAACCCCACGCUCCGCGGCACAGGCACAACCGGCAUCUGCCACCGCUGCCUCUCAAAAAGCGACCGCAUGAUGGGCGGUAGUGGCUCGCCCUGCAGCACCGGCGACACCGCCGCCUUCCCCUCCAAGCCCUGCCCCGGCGGAAUCCGCGCCACCAUCAUCUUCCCCUCAUGCUGGGACGGCAAGAACGUAGAUAGCCCGGACCAUAAAAGCCAUGUCGCAUAUGCACCUGGUAGUGCGCUUGCGGGAGAUAAGUGUCCGAGUACGCAUCCAGUGAGGAUUCCGCAGGUCAUGUAUGAGAUUAUGUUUGAUACUUCCGGGUUCGCAAACCCAGACUACUACAAAGGUGGAAAACAGCCGCUAGUAUACAGCUUCGGUGAUCCCACCGGCUACGGUGCCCACGGGGACUACCUCUUCGGCUGGAAAGACGAUGCGCUCCAACGCGCUAUGGAUGGUCUCGGCACCAAAUGCCAUAGCGAAGACUGCACCGGCGCACUGAAGAUCCAGUCCGGAAAAGAUGCUAUUGCUUGUACUAAGGCGCAGCAGGCUAAGGAGGAUGCUGGAUCGAACACUUGUAUGUACCCUUCCUGGACCCGUGAAUGGUUUGAACAUGCUGUUAACAAUGUUUUAGGGCUCAAGGAGCUCCCAGGGAAUGUUCAAGUUGCUUAG